UUUCCUUUGGGAUUUUGGCUAAUUGAUUAGAAUAUAGGUGGAAAAAAAAUAUUCAGACACUUGUGGGUCUGACAGGGUUCUGUAUAUAUCUAUGUCAGAGCCCGGCACCUGACACAAAAUAUUUUUUUUUUUUUUAUAAAAGACACAUGGAUACAGCUCGGCACCUGACAAAGACUGCAAAAGCUGGCUGAGGUUUAGCAGUUUCUGAGGUUUAAACUUCAAGUCCAAAGAAUUUCUCUGUAAUCUUCAAAGCAAAAGAAAUAAGAGAAAGAUGAAUGAUAAACAGCGAUCUAUUCUCCUCGACAUCUCAUCUCACUUCUCGCCUCCACAAGGCGUGAAGCUAUCAUACGGAACAUCGGGGUUCAGAGCCGAUGCAUCAUUGCUAGAAUCAGCAGUGUACAGAGUUGGAUUAUUGGCAGCGCUGAGAUCACUCAAAACCAGGGCAGUCAUUGGACUUAUGAUCACCGCAUCACACAAUGAAAUUUCCGAUAAUGGAAUCAAAGUAGCAGACCCUAGUGGUGGAAUGUUGACUCAGGAUUGGGAACCAUUUGCUGAGUCACUUGCUAAUGCACCUGAUUCCUAUACCCUGGUUGAGAUUUUAGAUGAUUUUGUUAAGAAGGAAAAAAUUGCACUUGAUGGAGAAUGGGCAGCAGAGGUUUUCUUGGGAAAAGAUACAAGGCCUAGUGGAGUGUCUCUCCUUGAAGCUGCAAAACAAGUACUGACUCCCCUUUGACUGGCUGCCGGGCAGAGAGUGCCCGGCAGCCAGCUUUUGCAGUCUUUGUCAGGUGCCGGGCUGUGUCCAUGUGU